CCACAACCUGGCGCGUGGGGCGGCGAGCCAAUCCACCUGCAGUGGUCAGUCUGGGCAUUUUGCACCUUCUAAAUAGAGCGCCUGUUGGCAUGCGCGCGGUUACGUCAUCUCUCAGGAACGCAGGCAGGGGGCGGGGCCAACAGGAAAUUUAAACCGAAGCCGCGGCCGCCGCCGCUGACGCCUGGAGACUGAUAAUGUACUCGUGAAGUUGCCUUGGGCCCUCGGACGUCUGAAAUCGCUCAUGGAGCCCGCGAAUACAACGCGGAGGCCUUGAGGAAGGAAUACGGAGGCCGAGAAGGAGCCAAGAAUUUGAGGGUGCCAGAAAAGGGCGACGGCAAAUUCUCUGAGCUGCAGAGUUCUAUGGCUGAGAGUAGGCUCCGGGCUCCGGACCUAGGGACUCAGCUGGGAGUUUCCAGUUGUCUGGAAAAAUGCCAGAAGAACUCACCAAAUGCUGGGAGGCAGCCCUUCUCUGGAAAGUCCUUUUAUCUGGAUCUGCCUGCUGGCAAAAGUCUCCAGUUUUUGACGGGGGCCAUCCAGCAGCUGGGUGGGGUAAUUGAGGGUUUUCUGAGCAAAGAAGUAAGUUACAUCGUGUCUAGCCGCAGGGAGGCGAAGACAGAGAGCAGUGGGACAAGCCCCAGAGGCUGCCGCUGCCCCAGCCCCAGCGAGGUCAGAGGCCAGACACCGUCCACGGCCCAUCCAAAGGGCGGCCACACCAGGCCUUCACAGAAGCCUGCAGACUCGGUGCCUCUGAGCAGAGGGAAGGAGCUGCUGCAGAAGGCCAUCAGAAACCAGGAGAGCGGCAGCGGAGGAGGCGGCGGGAGCAGCAGCAGUCUCCUGACCAAUGCCCGCUCCUGGGGAGUGAGGAUCCUGCACGUGGACGAAAUGCUGAUGCACGUGCAGCAGCUGUCUCUUGAUGCUCUGUGUGUGAAGAAACAAGGGCCAAAGAAGAAGCCAGAGGGAGCGUGUCCAGCAGAGUCAAGAACGCGGAAAGUGGCCAAGCUGAAGGCACCGUUCCUCAAAAUCGAAGAUGAGAGCAGGAAGUUUCGUCCCUUCCACCAUCAAUUUAAGUCCUUUCCUGAAGUUUCUUUUCUGGGACCCAAAGAUGCAAGUCCCUUUGAGGCCGUGACGACCCCGGGCAGCUCGCAUCGCACCAGAGAACCCAAGGACCGCGAGCAGAGCCCACAGUCAGCCGCCCGCACCCUGCCCAGGAGGAGGAAGGGCUUCUGUGAGUGCUGCCAGGAGGCCUUCGAGGAGCUCCACGUGCAUCUCCAGAGCCCCCGGCACCAGGGCUUUGCCUUAGAAGCCCCCCCAUACGCAGAAGUCGAUCGGGUCAUCGCCCAGCUGUGCCGCAGCUCUGCCGACGCCCCACUGUGGGCCGGCCUCCCCAGGCAUCCGGGCUCCCCAACUUCAGAUGGUGAUCCUCUGCGGCCCGAGACUCUGCCUCCCAGUCAGCCCUCCCGUCCCCAGGCAACGUCUCCCAGGAGGAGAGAGGAAGACGAGCACCAGGCCCCGGGUACCCUAGAGCCAGAUGGAACAGCAGGCAGCGUGAAGCCCCCUACUGAACCCCCUGCUGAAGCUGUGGGGGCUGGCAAGAUGCCAGGACCAGUAGCCAGCUGCCAGGAGCUGGGGGGACCGAUGGAUGUCAUUGCAGACCCCCCAGGGACACCAGGGUCCACGAGCCCUGGACACCAGUGCCACCUGACAAGCUCUGGUUCUGCGGAAUUCUCGCCCAGCCCGGAUGUGGCCCCUGGUGGCCACAAGCGGAAGGUUGAAUUCCCCGGUGGCAAUCCCGAAAAGAGGUCAGGGGUGUCCCAGCCACAGGCCUCAUUCUUCGUCCUGAGAGCCAGCAGCCCUGGUGGCACCAGGACAAGCAGCAGCAGGCCUCUCCCCUCCCUUCCCCUUCCAGGCCACGAGCACAGGCCUUUGGCCUCCCUCCUCCCCUUGUGCCACCCACAGACCUGCCUCUCCCUCCCAGAGCCCUUCCCCUGGCAGGCCACAGAGAGGCCAGCAGAGUGCUGGGCCACACAGCCCCCUUGGCCUGGGGGAGGAUGGCCCCCGGGGAUCUGAGGAGUCAGAGCGUGCAGCCCCCGGCCCUGUCUGUGGCUGGCUAGCC